GUGUGGUCACAGCAUUGUGGAAACAAUGUACGGAAGAGCUUUCCUCCUCAAGAUGAACUUGAAUUCAACAGGAGGCGGGUGGGUAGUGGAUGACCACUGACUAGCUUAGCUAGCACUGCGCUGUGUGUCAUGUAAUGUAUUUUGCUAAUCUGACACCACAGAUUUCCAUCACUCCCCUCUCACCAACUCUGUCCUCGUCAGUGUCUCUGCCUCCAGGAAUGGCUUUGCAUCUGCCCAGUGUCAAAAACUAGAAAAGCCAGUGUGCUCUGAGCUUCCUACUCCUUCAGGGCAGUGUUCACAGCUCUCCCUUUCCUAGCAAGCGCUCCUGCUUCCGCCCCCCACCCAACACCCUACAGGCCUCAGGUGCAGCUGUCCCUGCUGCCAACUCUCUCCUUCCCUCCAGACUCAGGAGGGCCUGUCCUGAGCAUUUCUUACAGCUGUGGCCUUACAUGUUCUGGUCAUUGACUGAUGCCACCCAUUGGCCUGUGGGCUCUGGAAGGUAGACGUUACCCCUGCUUUUGCAUGCUUGUAUUUCUGACACCUAGCCUGGUCCACAGUAAGUACUCCACAGAUAAAUUUUUGUUAUGUUGUAGAGAAAUACCCCAAAUACAAACUGUGCCAUCGCUACCAGGUGUCAUGUACAUGAAUGCUGUUGUGCAACCAAAGUUUGGCAAGUAAAGUCUUCAGAACCCUUCAUCUUGCUGAACUUAAACUCAGUGCUUGGCACCUUCCAUUUUGCCCCAUCUCAGCCCUGGCAACUGUUAUUCUCCUUCUGAUUCUAGGAGUUUGGCUCCUCUAGGUGCCUCACAGAAGUGGGAGCUUGUAGUAUUUGGUGUUUGGUGAUUGGCUCGUUUUACGUAAUGUCCUCAUGGCCCAUGCCUUCCUCUUGAAGGCUGAAGUGAUACUCCACUGUGCGUCUGCAUCCCAUUUGGAUUGCUCAACAGCUGACGGACACUUAGGCUGCUCCCCCUGGUAUCUGCUGCACAAUGACUCUAUACAGUGUGUUGCCUACAACCCUAUUACCCACCAGCUGGCAUCCUGUUCCUCCAGUGACUUUGGGCUGUGGUCUCCUGAGCAGAAGUCUGUCUCCAAGCACAAAUCCAGCAGCAAGAUCACCUGCUGCAGCUGGACCAACGAUGGUCAGUACCUGGCUCUGGGGAUGUCCAAUGGGGUCAUCAGCAUACGGAACAAAAAUGGCGAAGAGAAAGUGAAGAUUGAGCGGCCAGGGGGCUCCCUCUCCCCGAUAUGGUCCAUCUGCUGGAACCCCUCAAGAGAGGAACAUAAUGAUAUCCUGGCUGUAGCUGACUGGGGACAGAAACUUUCCUUCUACCAGCUGAGUGGGAAACAGAUUGGAAAGGAUCGGCCACUGAACUUUGACCCCUGCUGUAUCAGCUACUUCACCAAAGGAGAGUACAUUUUGGUGGGGGGUUCAGACAAGCAGGUAUCUCUUUUCACCAAGGAUGGAGUGCGACUGGGGACCGUUGGGGAGCAGAACUCCUGGGUGUGGACCUGUAGAGUGAAGCCUGACUCCAACUAUGUGGUGGUAGGCUGCCAGGAUGGCACCAUUUCCUUCUACCAGCUUAUCUUUAGCACAGUCCACGGACUCUACAAGGAUCGGUAUGCCUACAGGGACAGUAUGACAGACGUCAUCGUACAACACCUGAUCACGGAGCAGAAAGUUCGGAUUAAAUGCAGAGAGCUUGUCAAGAAAAUUGCCAUCUACAAAAAUCGAUUAGCGAUCCAGCUGCCAGAGAAGAUCCUCAUCUAUGAGUUGUAUUCAGACGACUCGGCAGACAUGCACUACCGGGUGAAGGAGAAAAUUGCCAAGAAGUUUGAGUGCAACCUGCUGGUGGUGUGCGCUGACCACAUCAUCUUGUGCCAGGAGAAACGGCUGCAGUGCCUGUCCUUCAGUGGAGUGAAGGAAAGGGAGUGGCAGAUGGAGUCUCUCAUUCGGUACAUCAAGGUGAUCGGUGGCCCUGCUGGAAGGGAAGGUCUGUUGGUGGGCCUAAAGAAUGGCCAGAUCCUGAAGAUCUUUGUGGACAAUCUCUUCGCCAUUGUCCUGCUGAAGCAGGCCACAGCCGUGCGCUGCUUGGAUAUGAGUGCCUCCCGGAACAAGCUUGCUGUGGUGGAUGAAAAUGACACAUGCCUGGUGUAUGACAUCCACACGAAGGAGCUGCUUUUUCAGGAACCAAAUGCCAACAGUGUGGCCUGGAACACCCAGUGUGAGGACAUGCUUUGCUUCUCUGGAGGAGGCUACCUCAACAUCAAGGCCAGCACCUUCCCAGUACACCAGCAGAAGCUGCAGGGCUUCGUGGUUGGCUACAAUGGCUCCAAGAUCUUCUGCCUUCAUGUCUUCUCCAUGUCUGCCGUGGAGGUGCCACAGUCUGCUCCAAUGUACCAAUACCUUGAUAGGAAAAUGUUCCGAGAAGCCUACCAGAUCGCCUGUCUGGGAGUGACAGACACUGACUGGCGUGAACUGGCCAUGGAAGCUUUAGAAGGACUAGAGUUUGAAACUGCAGAGAAGGCCUUUACCAGAGUCCAGGACCUUCGCUACCUAGAGCUGAUCAGCAGCAUUGAGGAGAGGAAGAAGCGGGGAGAGACCAACAAUGACCUGUUUCUGGCAGAUGUGUUUUCCUACCAGGGGAAGUUCCACGAGGCUGCCAAACUGUACAAGAGGAGCGGGCACGAGAACCUCGCACUCGACAUGUAUACUGACCUCUGCAUGUUCGAGUAUGCCAAGGAUUUCCUUGGAUCUGGAGACCCUAAAGAAACAAAGAUGCUCAUCACCAAGCAGGCCGACUGGGCUAGAAACAUCAACGAGCCCAAAGCUGCGGUAGAGAUGUACAUCUCGGCAGGGGAGUACACCAAGGCCAUAGAGAUCAGUGGCAGCCAUGGCUGGGUUGACAUGUUGAUUGACAUUGCCCGGAAGCUGGACAAGGCUGAGCGGGAGCCCCUGCUCAUGUGUGCUCAGUACUUUAAGAAGCUGGACAGUUCAGGCUAUGCUGCAGAGACCUACCUGAAGGUGGGUGACCUGAAGUCUCUGGUGCAGCUGUAUGUGGACACCAAGCGCUGGGAUGAGGCCUUUGCUUUGGGUGAGAAGCACCCUGAGUUCAAGGAUGACAUCUACGUGCCCUAUGCGCAGUGGCUAGCGGAGAACGACCGCUUUGAGGAAGCCCAGAAAGCAUUCCACAAGGCCGGGAGGCAAGGGGAAGCAGUCCGCGUGUUGGAGCAGCUCACACACAAUGCCGUGGUGGAGAGUAGGUUUAACGACGCUGCCUAUUAUUACUGGAUGCUGUCCAUGCAGUGCCUUGACAUGGCGCAAGCAGACCCUGCCCAGAAGGAUGUGAUGCUUGAGAAAUUCCACCAUUUCCAGCACCUGGCUGAGCUGUACCACGGCUACCAAACCAUUCACCGCUACACGGAGGAGCCGUUCAGCUUUGACCUCCCUGAGACCCUCUUCAACAUCUCCAAGUUCUUGCUGCACAGCCUGACCAAGGCCACCCCCUUGGGCAUCUCAAAAGUGAAUACCCUCUUCACACUGGCCAAGCAGAGCAAGGCCCUGGGUGCCUACAAGCUGGCCCGGCAUGCCUAUGACAAGCUGCGGGGGCUGCAGAUCCCUGCAAGGAUCCAGAAGUCCAUUGAGCUGGGCACCCUGACCAUCCGUUCCAAGCCCUUCCAUGACAGUGAGGAACUGGUACCCUUGUGCUACCGCUGUUCCACCAACAACCCGCUGCUGAACAACCUGGGCAACGUGUGCAUCAACUGCCGCCAGCCCUUUAUCUUCUCCGCCUCUUCCUAUGAGGUACUGCACCUGGUGGAGUUCUACCUGGAAGAGGGGAUCACCGACGAGGAAGCUGUUGCCCUCAUCGACCUGGAGGCACCUAGACACAAGAGGGAGAGCAGAUGGCAGGAGAUGGCCAGCAACGGUUCCCAGACACUGAGGCUGGAUGAGACCGUGAACUCCCUAGGAGAUGAUGACCCGUUCACAGCCAAGCUGAGCUUUGAGCAAGGUGGCUCUGAGUUCGUACCCGUGGUGGUGAACCGGUCAGUGCUGCGUUCCAUGAGCCGAAGGGACGUUCUCAUCAAACGCUGGCCCCCACCGCUGCAAUGGCAGUACUUCCGCUCGCUGCUGCCCGACGCCUCCAUCACCAUGUGCCCUUCCUGCUUUCAGAUGUUCCAUUCGGAGGACUAUGAGCUGCUGGUGCUGCAGCAUGCCUGCUGCCCUUACUGCCGGAGACGCAUCGACGAUUCCAGCUCGUGAGCACUGACUGGCCUCUGGGACCACCUGCUCCCCUGGCCUCCUUGCUGUCCCCACACUGCAGAGGAGAAAGAAUUAAACCCUCAAAAUGUGUCUGCUGCCCAGAUGAAGUUUGUAUAUUGGGGAGGGGCCUCACCUUGUGUAACCACAGAUUUCCUAUUUAUGGCAUUUCGUGCCUUGUAAAUAGUGCCAGGAGAUGCAGAAGAGAACGUACAUAUAUUUUCUAAGAAAAAAAAAAUCUGUUACUUUUAGAAGGGCUCAAGUGUUCACGGCAGCCUGCUGGAGUCCGCAGAUCUGUCAGACCGUUACCGUGAACACUUUGUCAACAGAUUGCCUCAAUAACGACAAUUAAAGGGCUACUCGUUUUCA